AUGGCAAAUACUGAACCACGAUCUACAUCAUCGAGCUCUUUGUCUAGAACAACUAAACUCGACAACCUUCCUUCUAUAUUUGUAUUGCCCACUCAUUUGAGUCUGGACGAGUUGCACGUCAUUGAGGAAACGCUAGAAAGAUGCGGCGCCCCACUUACCUAUGAUAUCUCAGAGGCCAAGCUGGCCUUGGGCAAGGUGUCGCAGAAGAGACGUGCUGUGUUUGAGCUUCAAUCUAGAGGCCUCUGGACGGAGAUAAUUUCUCCAUCAACUGAUGCUGUCGGUACCUCGGGUGAAAGCCGAGCAAUAAAACGGCGACGAGUUGAAGGUGCUAAACCGGAUGCAUAUGUACAGCCAGCCCAAGAACAUACUUUUAGCGAUCUAAAUUUGGAGUCAGGGGAGGGGAAUACGGUUAUCAAUGAAGAAGGAAAAACAUCCCUUAAGAGGGAGCUUGGCCCUUCGAUGGCACAACCUGCUGGUCUGCACAUGCCAGAAUUGGAAGAUGAGGUUAUAGUUCUGAAGCUCUCGUGGCUCGAUGAGUCUUUGAAAGCAGGGAGAGCUGUUCCGUUGGCACCUUAUAUCGUUUAUCAUGCACGCAAGAUUGCCCCGCCAGACAAUAUGUCAUUCCCAGAAACCGUUUCCAACCCUGCUUCUGAGCCGGCUACCCCGCGGUCUACUUCGAAGCAAAGGGAGAGUUCUUCAAAAGGAAUAUUGGAACGGGCUAUGGCAGACGCAGCAUCCUCAUCCCCAACUCCUAUCAAGUCUCGUCUGGCCAGAAGAGCUGACAAUGGGCCUCCUAUUCAAAAGCCCCCUCCCAAGCUUGUCCGUGAGACUACUGAAGAACAUGAAGCUGCUGAGGCCCCUCCACGAACCCCCGAUUGGGUGCGGAACAAUCUCAUAUAUGCCUGCCAAAGAUCUGCCUUUCUGCACCCUCCCAACGAAGCGUUUAUAAAUCAGCUUGACAAGAUCAAAAAGAUAAGAGAACUAACUCUCGAUGAAAUUGGAGUUCGCGCGUAUAGCACGGCCAUCGCCUCCAUCGCAGCAUACCCAUACCCUCUCAAAUCUGCUACAGAAGUCUCCUCACUUCCUGGCUGCGAAGUCAAAAUCGCCACGCUUUUCUCAGAAUUCAACCAAAGCAGUGAUGGCACACUUGAGUCGGCCAACCAGCUGGAUACAGACCCGGUCCUCAGCGUCCUCAACAAAUUCAGCAAUAUCUGGGGCGUCGGUGCCAAAACAGCCCGCGAAUUCUACUACCAACAUCACUGGCGAACCAUCGACGACAUCAUCGAACAAGGCUGGAAUAGCCUGUCCCGCGUCCAGCAAAUUGGAAUAAAAUACUUUGACGAAUUUAUGGAUGGCAUACCACGCAGCGAGGUUGAGUCCAUCGCAGACACUGUCCUACGGCACGCCAAACUCGUCCGUCCCGAGUCGCAAGAAGAUUACAAGGGUGCGGCCAUUGAGGGCAUCAUCGUGGGCGGCUACCGACGCGGCAAGGAGCGCUGUGGCGACGUAGAUCUAAUCCUCACCCACCGCAACGAAAGAGUGACACACAACCUCGUCUAUGACGUCGUUGUCAGCCUCGAGCAGGAAGGAUGGAUCACCCAUACGCUCGCCUUACAUCUCACUAACUCACAUCGGGAACAACAGACGCUCCCUUUCCGCGGGGACACGAGUGGUAUGCCACGUUUCGAUACCCUAGAUAAGGCCCUUGUCGUCUGGCAGGACCCGCACUUCGAAAAAGAUGGGAGCGGCGAUGUGGAUGAGGCACCUAGCAAUCGAAAUCCGAACCCGCACCGCCGUGUGGACAUAAUCAUCUCACCCUGGCGUACCAUCGGUUGCGCCAUCGUUGGAUGGACUGGUGGCACGACGUUUGAGCGUGACUUGCGCCGCUAUGCGAAGAAGGUGCAUAAUUGGAAGUUCGAUUCGAGUGGAGUGCGGUCACGCAGUAAAGGGGGCCAGGUUAUUGAUUUAGAGGGCAAGGGGAAAACGUGGCAAGAGAGGGAGAGGUUUGUUUUGGAGGGAAUGGGGGUGGGGUGGAGACCACCAGAGGAGAGAUGCACAAGAUGA